UGUGUAUGUGAGAGUCUGACGGAUUCAAAAUGGCGGCGGCGGCUGCUUCUAUAAAGGGGCAAAGGAAAAUCAGAGACCUGGAGGAAGAGGAAGAAGAUAGUAGUUCUGAUAUAUCCUUCUCACUCUCAUCAGAAGAGUCUGAGAUGGAGCCUGAAGAAGAACGGAUCCGUUAUAGCAAACGACUGCGUGGUGCUAUGAGACGACGCUAUGAGGAUGAUGGCAUCUCAGAUGAUGAAAUUGAAGGCAAGCGAACAUUUGACCUCGAAGAAAAACUUUCUACCAACAAAUAUAAUGCCAACUUUGUAGUGUUCAUGGAAGGCAAAGACUUCAAUGUGGAGUACAUUCAACGUGGUGGCUUACGAGAUCCUUUAAUCUUCAAAAAUUGUGAUGGUCUUGGAAUAAAGAUGCCAGAACCAGACUUUAGUGUGAGUGAUGUACGGCUCUAUGUAGGGAGUCGUAGGAUGGUGGAUGUCAUGGAUGUAAACACACAAAGGGAUAUUGAGAUGACCAUGGCUCAGUGGGCACGCUACUAUGAAACACCGGAGGAAGACCGAGAGAAGUUAUACAAUGUUAUCAGCUUAGAAUUCAGCCAUACCCGGCUUGAGAACCUGGUGCAAAGGCCAAAUACGGUGGAUUUAAUUGAUUGGGUUGACAAUAUGUGGCCAAGGCAUCUGAAGGAAAGCCAGACAGAAUCAACAAAUGCUAUUUUGGAUAUGCAGUAUCCAAAAGUGCAAAAAUAUUGCCUGAUGAGUGUUAAAGGAUGCUACACAGAUUUCCAUGUAGAUUUUGGUGGCACAUCAGUAUGGUAUCACAUCCACAGAGGGGGGAAGGUACCGUGGCAUUUCCAACAACAUACUUUUUGUGCGAAGUUUUGAGUAAAGUGGUUGCAACUGCAAAUGAUCACUGUGUGCAGCAGUUACUAAAUGAGAGCUACCUGCAGAUAUUCAUUUCACUUGAGGAGUCACUUGCAACACAUUUGGAUACCUCACUCUAGAAUCAAACUUAUUGGGCUGUUUUAACAGGAUUCCUCAGUGUCACUAUUAACUUACACUAUGUAACUAUUAUAUAUAUUUUAUAUUAUACAGUAUGUAAUUAAUAGCACAUGAGAGCUAAUUUUAACAAUGAUGAAUAGUUAAUGAAAUAAAUGUGUUUUAUUAAUUAUA